GCUACCACAUGACUGCAGCCCUUCUGCGCGCGCACGUACACACUUCAUGACUGGGCAGCAGGCUUUCGCUGGCUUGAUGUAAACAGAGUGUAGCUUCGCUUUGUUACCGCAUCUCCGGGGUUGCGUCUCGCUCCAGCCAUGCGAUGGAUAUUUUAUGGCAAUACCAAUUCAGAAUCAUUCUGCUAGGGGACUCAACUGUGGGGAAAUCGUCUUUGCUUAAGCGCUUCACGGACGGAAUCUACAGCGAUGUGGCGGAUCCGACAGUCGGUGUCGAUUUCUAUGCCCGGUCGCUGGAAAUUGAACCGGGGGUGAAAAUCAAACUGCAGCUUUGGGAUACGGCUGGACAGGAGCGGUUUAGGUCAAUCACCACCUCCUACUACCGCAACUCGGUGGGCGGGCUGCUGGUGUUCGACCUGACCAAUCGCAAGACGUUCGAGCACGUGAGGGAGUGGCACCGGGAGGUGAGCGAGCACGUGCUGCCGCACCACAUGGUCUACAUCCUGGUCGGGCACAAGAGCGACCUGGGCCGCGACCGCAAGGUGAGGCGGGAGGAGGCGGAGGACCUGGCGGCGGCGCUGGGCGUGCGCUACGUGGAGACCUCGGCCAAGUGCAACAGCAACGUGGACCGGGCCUUCGAGCUGCUCACCCGGGACGUCUACGAGCUGAUGAAGAUGGGCGAGAUCAGCACCCGCGAGGGCUGGGACGGCGUCAAGAGCGGCCUGAGCGCCAAGGCGCUCUACCCCGCCGAGCAGGAGGAGGAGGAGGCGGCGGCCCAGCGGGAGAAGAGCUGCAACUGCUGACUGACCUUUGACCUCCGACCCCAUUUGCCCCCCCCUGACAAAAAUCUCCUUCCAGCCACUCUUUUCCCCCCUUCGGUCCACCCUCGGUGAGGUGGCAGGACUUAGCUCCCCCUGUGACAUCAUCGCCCCUCACGCGUUGGACGGCCUUUCGCUGAGGAAGCGCUGCGCCUGCCCUGCCGCACCUCUGACCUGCGCGCGCGUGCGGUUAGCGGCUGUGCUCGUGCAGAGUGCCGUCGGGUUCAGGUUCAGGAGGCGCCUGGCUCUCCCCCCUCAGAGGAUCCGCCCGUCUUCUCGGAACUGCAAGCUGGCAGCCCUUUCUUUUCCCCCCUCCCUCGAGAUGUUGCACUUUGGAGCUAGUUGCCAUGGUCCCCCCCCCACCCCCCCCGUUUCUUCCAGUUUCCCCCGUUGGGACAGUUGGAGCUGCUGUACCUUUUCCCCAGCAGAGAAAGGCUGUGCUUAUAGGCAUUAGAUCAGUCUCUCGUGAGAGGUGGAACAUUUCUCAGACAGGACUGGCAAACAAGAUGUAAAAUAAACACCUCAUUUAACCCCCCACCCCCCCUCCCCGCCCGCACAACCACUACCAAAGUGGUGUACCAGCAACAUAUGUGCCAAAAUGUUGUUUGCUUUAAAUCUCAUGCUAUCGUAGAGUAUGUAUGUAUAUUUGAGGACGAUUCCUACACUGUACAUAUUUUACUUAUGAAUGAAUCAUCUGCAAUACAUUUUUCUUUUUGCAUUAAUGUCAUCUCUAAUGAUGCACUAAAAUGGAGUCCUACAGUGCAGUCCAUGCUGUUGUUCCCCUUAAAUUUGCAGCUAAAAAAUUCCCUUAAACACCUGCCUUCCUGAAACCUGAAAGUGAUAAAAGAUGAACUGAAGAUACAAAAAAAUAUGUAAAUAACUCAAGAUGCAAUGAAUGCUGUGGGUCACACUACAAUUAUAACUAUAUAAACAGUGAUGAAAUUGUGAAAUUUAUAUAAUAGACCAGCGCUAUUUAAAAUAUGCAGAUAUGGUGGUGACAGGGUACUUAAAUUACUGGGAAGUGAGUGACAAUUGAUUGACUAUUUGACGUGUCAGAAAUAUCAGGUGUGACUGGUAGGGAUAAGUAGAUGAUUAUUAUGAAUUGUGGUUUAUCUUCUGAUUCUUUGUGGAACUAGGCCUUCAUUGUGCAAAGCCAGCAGUGUUUUCAGUGUUUCCCA